CGCGUACUGACGCUCAGCCGGCCCUCAACGUCGUGACGUAUUGACGUUUCAUUUGUCUCUUCCUUGUAGAAGGAAAGUUUAGCCGGGAACAUGGCGGCGAUGAAGUGGUUAUUGGUUGGGGGGAUUCUGCUUGCACUUUGCGGGGGGUUUUCUGAUGGGCAAAAGAAGAAGGAGGUGGGUGCUAUAUUUAAUUAUUUCACAUUACAGAAUGCACAGGAGCUGAGACUUUUAGUUUACCUACAAAAAAAUAAAAUGAACGGUUUAGUGCUGUUUGCUGCAGGAUAAACUGUACCUUAAUGAUAAUUUAGCUCUUAUUUGUGUGUUUUAUGCAUUUUACCUGCAUCUUGUCUGUUUUCAUUGUGGGCUGGUUUGUUGCUAUGCAUUGUUCAAUUAAAGCUGUUGUCCAUUUGCAAUAUAAAAGUAAACUGUGCUUCCUAUAUUAUUGAUUUUAAUUUUAAGACUUUUUUUUUUCUUCUUUUUUUCAGAUGCUGUUAUCGGAGAAGGUCGGACAGCUUGCUGACUGGGCUAGCAAGAGACCUGUAAUUAGAAUGAAUGGUGACAAAUUUCGUCGCCUUGUCAAGGCUCCCCCGAGGAAUUACUCUGUUAUUGUAAUGUUUACUGCUUUACAGUCACACAGGCAGUGUGUUGUGUGCAAGUAAGUAUAUAUUCCAAAAAAAAAAAAAAAAAAAUAUAUAUAUAUAUAUAUAUAUAUAUAUAUAUAUAUAUAUAAAUGUAUAUGCAACAUUGUAGCAAAAAAGGAUACAAUGUUGCUAGCAUGGUUUAUUCAUUAGUUGUUUUGUUUUUUUAAAUAUUAAACGCUAAUUACCUCAAAAGAACUAUUAUUUUCAAGAUUUGAAAUGCUGCCGUAAAGGCAUUUUGUUUUAUGCUUAUUUUGAUGUACAGUUCCUAAGAGAAAGCCAUGAUAAGCGAAAUCUGAAGCAUGUAACGAAAAUAUGCUUUCACAAGCGUCUUCAAAUUCUUACCUUCACGGUAUCGGGUCAAACUAGCAAUUUAAAAAAAAUGUCUUCAGUUAGUCUUUUUAAAAUUUAAUUUAGAAUGGGCCAACAUAUUUUACAGCUCUGCGCAAUGGAAUAUUUCUCGAAUGUCUCCAAUUGUACAAUAAUUUGUGUUUACGAACAUUACAACAUAAUUAAAGAAUAUACCCUGCAGUAUUUGACCUUGUGGAAAUAAAUCUGAAAAUGUAAAGCAAAACUAGAGAUUCGUGGUAAUAUACAUAUUUCUUCUAAAGAUAAGUUCUACAUAAAUGUAACUGCAGUUACAUGUUUUAAUGUACAUUUGCCUUGUAAGUUGUUUUUCCAUAAUCUAUCUAUGGUACUUUUACAUUUGAUUGAAGAGGUAUGACUUUUUGCAUUUGCACAGACAGGCUGAUGAAGAAUACCAGAUCUUGGCUAACUCAUGGCGUUAUUCUAGUGCCUUUACAAACAGGAUUUUUUUUGCUACGGUGGAUUUUGAUGAAGGAUCAGAUGUCUUCCAAAUGGUAAAAUAACGGAUAAUGUAGUGUAAAAAAAAUUCUGCAUUUUAUGGCUUUCUAAGUGAUAUUUGUUUUUAUUGUGCUAACGGCUAAAUCAACAAUAUUGCAUUGGGAAUAUAAACCUGUAUUCCUAAUGCUGUAAUACCCCUGCCCCUACUUGGAUACAGGUUCUCACACCAACCCUCCCUUCACACCCCCCCUUUUUAUUUAUUUUAUUUGCAACACGUAGUCAUCAAAUGUGAUGACUCUACAGUUUGGUCAUAGAGUACUAGUACUUAUGCAUUCUGAAGCAUUAACUUUCACCUGUGAUGGCUGUAACUGAGGGAUGAGGUUUAUGCUGUGCAGGGUACCCAUGGCAGGUACUUUUUUGCAAUUCACUGUGAGAUACCAAAGCAAUCAUUUCAGGGCUACUCUCUAACGUGAGAAUUGUUGGGAAUUCAAAAUGAAUUUCAAAUUCUCCAAGUAAACUAGUGCUUCCUUUUCAGUUACUGUGGCCUCAAGUUUAAAUCUCAUUUUAAAUUCCUGACAUUUCUCCCUUUAAUGAAAACCAGUUUCUUAGCUGGUGAAAGAUUGCCUCACCUUAUUUUUGUACUACUAUAAAUAUACAUAUUUGAUCUUUUGAUUUAACUCUCCUUAAAAAAAAAUAUAUUGCUACAUGUAAAUGCUUUAGGAGGAUCCUGUUGGGCUGCUUUAAAUGAUUGCUGCCGGGUAGAAUAUAUGUUUUUAAAAACAUCUUUUCAAAUCUAAUUAGUAGAUGUUGUACUGUUAUAAACCUUUCCAGAUUAACUGAAAUACUUAAUUUUAACCAGCUUUUGAUAAUGGUAUUUUCUUCACAGUUGAAUAUGAAUUCUGCUCCAACCUUCAUUCACUUCCCUCCUAAAGGCAAACCCAAGAAAGGAGACACAUAUGAGUUACAGGUUCGCGGUUUUGCAGCAGAACAGCUUGCACGCUGGAUUGCAGAUAGGACAGAUGUUAAUGUAAGUGUAAAUCUGUUCUUUUUUGAGUAUUCACCACUGUAUUAUUCAAAAGGUUAAUUGCAGAGCAUUGUGUUCACAUGACAUCUGAUAGCGGCACAACAGUCAUGAGUUACACAAAAUAGUGUAAUAAAAAUGGUUUAUACCAAAAUGGUAAUUUGUAAUGUACAGUGAAAACGUGUUAUCUCUCCACAGAUAAGGGUAAUAAGGCCACCUAAUUAUGCAGGACCGUUAAUGCUGGGCUUGUUGCUGGCAGUGAUUGGUGGCCUUGUCUACUUACGGAGAAGCAAUCUUGACUUCCUUUACAACAAAACUGGAUGGGCACUGGCUGCAUUGGUGAGGAACAUAAAGAGUUUCUUUGUUAAUAAAGAGUUCUAUAUGUAGCUCAUUUAUUCAUACUUUUAAAAUGCUACAUCUUAGCGUGGUGUGUUUUAUUUGAGUAAAUGACUUAUGAGUGGUGUGGUUUUUUUUUUGUUUUGUUUUUUUAACUCCAUAAAUGCCAAAUUCUUUCUUUUAAAAAAAUAAGUAGAAAAUAAAAUACUUUAUUUAAAAAGGGAUACAUAGACAUAAUCAUAUGGCAAUAUACAACAAUGUACAUUUGCAAAAUGGUAAUUGGUUUUUCAUUCUUGGACGAGGUGAUGGAAGGAGUAUCUCUUGUCUUCAGUACUUGUUGGCAUGUUUGUGUUCUUAUUCUCAUCACUAGCAGAUUGCAAAUACUACCGAAAGUUAUUCUGUCUGCAAAGAAAACAAUUUCAUGGCUAAAGAUAAGCAUCUGUAUUAUCUAGGGUUAAAGAAAGCAAACAAAAAUAAAAUCAUGUAGCUGGGAAUGACAGAUUUGUAGCAUAUUGCACUUAUUUCUGUGCUAAUUGCAAUGUUGUCUGAAAUGUUUGUUUAAACAUCUAUCAAUGCAAAUAACAAAAACAUUGUAUAUUUGUUUCAGUGUUUUGUGCUGGCUAUGACAUCAGGACAGAUGUGGAAUCACAUUAGAGGACCUCCUUAUGCACACAAGAAUCCACAUACUGGCCAAGUGGUUAGUAUCACUUUCGCUUUAUAAUGUCAAUUGCUGUUUUUUUUUUGUUUUGUUUUUAUAUAUAUAUAUAUAUAUAUAUAUAUAUAUAUAUAUAUAUAUAUAUAUAUAUAUAUAUAUAUAUAUAUAUAUAUAUAUUUGUGGUCAGGGCAUAAGCCGUAGUAUAACUUAUAUAAAUAGGACAAACCAUGAAAGGAAAUGUCAGUUGUGGUGUGCCGGAACUGACGAGGAAGUAGGCCUGAAAUAAAAGAGGGCCUACCUUAUAAAAUGCUUAUGAAAGCGGUGUGGUGGGUGGGAGAAUCCGUCGCACCUAACAGGUAGUGAGGGAAGGGUCUGGAGUCCCUUAAGAAGGGUAACCCAGCCCUUCCCACAACUUCAGGCCACGCCUUCCAUUUGUGGUCAGGGCAUAAGCCGUAGUAUAACUUAUAUAAAUAGGACAAACCAUGAAAGGAAAUGUCAGUUGUGGUGUGCCGGAACUGACGAGGAAGUAGGCCUGAAAUAAAAGAGGGCCUACCUUAUAAAAUGCUUAUGAAAGCGGUGUGGUGGGUGGGAGAAUCCGUCGCACCUAACAGGUAGUGAGGGAAGGGUCUGGAGUCCCUUAAGAAGGGUAACCCAGCCCUUCCCACAACUUCAGGCCACGCCUUCCAUUUGUGGUCAGGGCAUAAGCCGUAGUAUAACUUAUAUAAAUAGGACAAACCAUGAAAGGAAAUGUCAGUUGUGGUGUGCCGGAACUGACGAGGAAGUAGGCCUGAAAUAAAAGAGGGCAAAAAGAGAACCAUUUAUUCGUCCUACAACCGGACAUAACAGAUUACAAAUUCAUAGUUUUGAAAGCCAGACGUACUUCUUGUAUGGGCUGAGGUAUGUAUCUGGUGUAUGCCGUAGAUUUCCAUCGUCCUAGUAUCUGAAUAAUGUGAGCAGGGAUAUUCUUUUUAGAAGCGGUGGUGGCGGCUCCUAUUCUAAAAGAGUGACCAGAGUAGCUGGCUGGGUUCAGUCCUAACCGAGCUAACAAUUUCCUAAUAUACAUCAUGAAUUGGCUCGUAGUGAGCUUAUUGCCGUGCAAGGACAGGAGUGGUUGUGUGGGGCCCAUAUUGUCAAAGGCAAGAAGGGUGUCGAAAACCUUCACCGGGCACCAAGUAUUACUUGUGGGGUAAUAGGGUAUAGUGACCGUUUGCCCGGGGGCGCUUGUUUUGGUAUGUUGCAGUAACAGAAGAUAGUGAUCUUGGACCUUUAUGAGAUCGGACCUUGUGAGGAAAAUGGGUGAAUUAUAGCUAGUAGUAGUGAAUUCUCGGGGCCGUAAAAACCCGUAAAAUGCUAGAUAGAUGGCGGCUUUAAUUACACGAUUAGUAUGAGCUUCAAAGGGUGAGGUGUCUAGUAGUUUUGACAGUGACUGAAACAGUACAUCGUGUAUGGGUAGUCUAGUUGGUGAGGCUAUAGGGGCGGAGUCUUUGAUGCCUUUAAGUAUAGCCUUAACUUGGUAGGACGACAGAAAGCGUUGUUUGUUAGGCCAAGUGGUGAGGAUGUGAUGCUGAAUGCCUGUGAUAUAUAAUUUGAUGGUAUUGUAAGAUAAUGUUGGACGAAAGUGGCAAAAAGAAAUAAAAGCAAUAAUGGUUUCCAUAGAAAACUGGUCAGUGACAUUAAAGUCCAACAAGAAUUUAUUGAAAACAUGGAAAGCCCUUUCAUAUGCCUUCCUGGUAUUAUCGGAGAGACCGAGCUGUGAGAGUUGUCGCCCUUGACAUAGCAGAAUUUUUAGUCCCAGAUCAUUUCCUGCCACUUUGGAACUGGAGUUGGUAUGAGGGCAGCUGUUGGCAGGGCCUCCCGAAACUCCUGAAACCGAGACCGUGACAAAUGAUCAGCUGCAAUGUUGAGAACCCCAGGCACAUGAACACAAGUGAGAAGAAAACUGUGUUUUGCAGCGAGCCAUGUGAGAGUCCUCAUGAAACGCAUGAUGGUGAGGGAAGAGGAACGCCCCUUGUUUACAAUAUGGCAUGUUGCCAUAUUGUCCGAGAAGCAACGAACCGUAUUCCCGGACCAACUUGCUCCCCACUUAACUGCUGCCGCUAAGAUAGGAUAGAGCUCAAACAAGGCUGAUGUGUCCUUAAACCGGGGGAUCUCUGUAAUUUCCCUAGGCCAUUCUCCCCACAUCCAUUCAUUGCCCCAUAUUGCUGCAAAACCUGAGGUGGCUGCGGCAUCCGUCCAGACUGACUCCGACUUCUCUGACCAAACUGGUAUAAACAUGCUUUUCCCGUUCCAAUUUUGCAAAAACUCCUUCCACAUAUGUAGGUCAGCGGUGGCCUGUACGUGUAAAGUAAUGCGGGAGGUGUCAGAUUGCAACAUUGGAAACAGGCUAAGUAACCUUGAAAUGAAUGCUCUACCUUGUGGAAUGAUUCUCAUAGCGAAUUUAGAGAACCCAACAAGGAUUGCAACUCCUUCCUAUUGCAUGAGCCUCCUCCUAAGUAAAGGUCGAUAGCUGCCAGGAUGCGCUCAAUCUUUUCUCUGGGUAGGCUAGCUUGCAUGUGUACAGAGUCCAGUACCACCCCCAAAAAGUGGAUGAUAGUAUCCGGACCCUCAGUCUUGGUAGGUGAAAUAGGCACCCCUAGUUGUGUAAACAGUUUUGUGAUAGACUGGAGGCUACUGGGAGGUACUAGGUUACUUUCUAUGGUCAGGAAAUCGUCCAGGUAAUGGAUAACUGUGGGACAUCUGCAGAUGUUAAGCAGCAUCCAGCACAACGUCUCCGCGAAGAUAUCGAAAAUCCUAGGGCUGCUUUUUGAGCCAAACGUGAGACGCGUGAAGAAGUAAUAUGAACUUCGCCACUUAACACCAUGCAAAUGCCAUAGGGAUGGGUGGAUAGGGAGCAGCUUAAAAGCGUUGGCAAUAUCAGUUUUACUCAGCCAUGCCCCUACCCCUGCUGAGAGUAUGGCUGUGACUGCAUGAUCGAUGGUGGCAUACUGGAGGGAAAACUCCUCAGACGGGAUUAGUGAAUUUAGACUUGGGGUAUGAGAUGCAUGGGGGGCGGACAGAUCGAGAAUUAAUCUUUGUUUAUUGGAGGAUUUAUUGGUGACCAGUCCUAUGGGGUUUGUCCUCCAAACUGCGAAAGGCGGGGGGUUGAAAGGGCCUAAUAAGAAACCUUGGUCAAUUUCCUUCUGUAGGAGUAAGUCGAUAGUGUUGGGUGCUGCCAAGGCUGUCUGCAAAUUGUUACAUUCUAGGAUCCCCGUGGGCAUGUGAAUAAUACCCGUGUGAAACCCCAUCUUAAACCCUGUCACCAAAAAAUCAACGAGAUGUUGGGAAGGGUGAUCCCGCAAAAGUUGUUUCAGUAGGGAGACAUGAAGAGACGAUAAGUACUGCUUAGGGUAUAGUUUAUUUGGGCACAUUGCCUUGGAGUGAACUCUGAAACAUAGUGAGCAAACAUGGAGAAGUCUGCAGGCACUGUAACCGCAGGAACCUGAGUUGAAAUUGUUACAGACCUGCGAUUUACCCAAAAACACUAUGUCACGGCCUAGUUUAUCUUUAAGCACCUUGCCAGGUCUCCCUGUGGGUACUACAUUAGGAGGUGGAAAAACAGCGUUUACCUCUGGAGAAUUAGGGCACAGAUUAGCCGUGUGAGAAUUGGACGAGCAAAUGGCACAAGCUGGGGUUUUUAGGCCCGCGAAGUGUCGGCAAAACAGCUCUGUAUCCAGGACGCCCCAAUCCGUUUGGUAAUUGAACUGUGAAAGGGCUGCCGACGCCUUUGCGGAAAAGGCACGGUGGUAGUCGUAAAAAGACGUACCACCGUACUUAUGCCCCAAAUCCACCAGCUUGUGGAGAUACAGGUCCAAUUCCUCCCUCCUAUCCGGGUAUACCGAGCAUAUUACAUCUCUGUAUAUACCGAAAGCCAGUACAAAUUCUGGAAUUGAUAGCUUCUGAUUCAACCUGGGGUCUCUGGACUUCAAUACUACUGACACAUCACCGUAUGCGUAGGUCUUAUUCUCUAGGACAUCUUGUGAGGCUAUCAAAAGUGAAACCAAAUUGAUAUCUUUCCCCUCCAAGAUGUCCUUCUUUGUUUUAGCAGGCACCAUGUGUGCGGGGUUAAUAAUAUGUGGGUCUUUUAACCUAUGUUGUAAAUUACCCGGUAGGGGGUCCAAAUGGACCGAAGCGGCCGGAUCCACUGCAGCAGCCAGUGACUUUUGCUGGCUAUCUGCAUCCAUUUUGUCUAGCUUGUCAGUAAUACGCCCCAAAGAGGUCAGAACUGAGGACAGAAUCGUAUUCAGAUCUGAAGACUGGGUGCCACUGGACCCUUCACCCGCCCCCGCAUUAUCAGUCUGUGUGUUCAGCAAUCUGUAUAGUUCUGCUUUCCUAGCUGUAGCAGGGAAAGGAAUAUUUCUCUUCCUUAAUUCGGCCGUGAUCCUGGGAAUAGUCCAUGCCCUGAGUGAGGCAGGGCUUGCGAUGUCGUCACCCCGAGACGGCGUGACUGAUCUAGCUGGUGUACUGGGUAAGGACUCAACUUCCCUUCCUUCCGGAGCUUGAGACAUGCUACAACAUAAAAUAACAUGUUACCUGGGGUGCUAUCCAACUGGCUUAUGAUAACUAAUGCCAAGCGGCGAAGAAUUAUUAAGUAACGUGACAGGUGAGGCCCUGCUAGUAGCCAAGCGGCCUUGAGAGGCACUAUCUAUGAUUUGGCGCAUGUGGAAAACGUGGCCAUUGGCAUUAUGGCAGGGUGGUGGCCUCUCUGUGACUUGUAAAGGCAUAAGACAGAAUGGGAGUGACAAGUGACGCCCUCUCUAUGCAACUAAGCGAGGCGGCUAGCUAUGAAAUGGCCCGAGGGAAUGCCGUACCUCCGAAAUGAGGAUGGGUGUUGGCCUCGCGGGACCACUAACGAAGGCAUAAGAGGCCAGAAAACGUAGCUAGUGGGUCCUAUUUAUUGUAAGCCAGUAAAUCUGUACUAAGCCGAAAGGGAAGGUAUGGGGAAAAUAGUCGAAAAAGAUAUGACGUACCUGAUGAGCGGUUUGACAGCUAUAAUGAGGAAAAGGAGGUACAGACGAUCUGUAGUCACCUAUGAAAGUAAUAUAUAUUUGUAUGGGCACAGAAAUAUAACCCCUAAGUCCCCUGUUAUUCAGAUACCUACCGGCAAUAUUGCCCUAGCAGAGGGCUGGGCACCAAUUAACAAGAGCAAGGAUGCCUAUACCUAAAAUACAGAAAACAUAUAUGAGGACCCUGGCGUAGGGUGACUGUUAAGUAGAAACUCGAGUGAAGGGACCUAAGUCCUGAGCAAGUUGUUAGAAUAGCUGCCCACCGUGGGAAUGCAGAAAAUACUGAAAGAGUUUACACGACAUCUUAAGUGCUAAUCAUGCAUAUAUAUAUAUUCCCAAUACCAAGUUCCGUAGUCAUUGUUAGGUUAGCAGCCUAAUUGUAAAAUACGUGCCCCAUAUAAAACGUAUCUGUACAUACUACUGAUUGUAACCCCAUGUGCCAAACUUGCUUUAAUAACUGCAAUUUUAAAAUAGCAUAAAUGACAGAACAGGUAUAAGAAUUCAAAAUCACCAUUUUUUAGACACCAGAGGUCGCUCUGGUACCUAGUGUAUGCUUUAGGUAACAGCGUUGUAAUGAAUGGACACAGGAAUAAUAGUAACGUAAGAAAUAAGCAUAAGAGUUCUUAUAAUGUGACAAAGUUGUGAAUAGGUUGUUGUAUAACAUAGUAUUACAAUAGAAAUUGUGAGCGUGUAGUAUUGAUGCUUAGUGAUGACGUAAAACGGCCGCGCCGCCAAAUUUGCGACGGCCGUUUUAACUUACGAUUUGCCGUGUGAAAUUUUUUUCCGCCGACUGCCUGACCUAGCGUGCUCCCGCCCGUGGUAUCCGGAUGUAGUGCUGGAUGCUUCGGAGAACUGCCCGACCUGACGCGUGCGAGCGAGCCCGCCGGAACCUGCUGUCCGAAAACCGGAAGUGACGAAGACUUCCGUGAGAAUCCGUCGCACCUAACAGGUAGUGAGGGAAGGGUCUGGAGUCCCUUAAGAAGGGUAACCCAGCCCUUCCCACAACUUCAGGCCACGCCUUCUAUAUAUCUAUAUAUAUAUAUAUAUAUAUAUAUAUAUAUAUAUAUAUAUAUAUAUAUAUAUAUAUAUAUAUAUAUAUAUAUUCUAUUAAAGUGGUUCUGGGACCACUAAAAUCCCAUUGUUGUCUGAGAAAGGGUAUUGUUUACAUUACUACCUAGUAACACCUAGUUGCAGUCACUCAGCCACUAAAGGUGCUUCUUGGGUCAGUGCAGAGCACUGACCUUUAGUGUGUCUGCGCUAUGCAUGGGGAUGCUGACUGCUCUGAUUCAAUGCGUUUCUACAAGGAGAUGGUGAUUGGUAGUGGUUUUUGUGGAUUUAAAGGGCUACAUGCAGUGCUGACUUUGCAGUGCUACAUGCAGUGCUGACCCUCCAGGGUCUGUUCAGACCCUGGGGUCUCCCAAGCACCAGAUAACUUGAGAGAAUGACUGACUGACUGACUGACUGUAGCUGAGCUUGAUCGCUCAGCUGCAGUAUUUUUUUUUUUUUGUGGAUUUAAAGGGCUACAUGCAGUGCUGACUUUCAGCACUGCAUGCAGUUCAUCAAAAAGUCUGGGGCCACUAAAAAUGGCCCCAGCUGACAGAGGGCACCCCCAGGUUUCUAAUGAUACCUGGGUUUCCUGGUGUGAGCAGGGAUUUAACCCUGCUUACACCACAAUCUAGAUAUAGGCAUUUAAAUGCCUAUUUAAGCAGAUACAUGCCGCGCUGACUUCCAGCACUGCAUGUAGCUCAUCAAAAAGGCUGGGGUCACUAAAAAUGUCCCCAGCUGAUAGAGGGGAGCCCCAGGUUUCCAUUGAUACCUGGAACUCCCUUGUGUGAGCAGGGAUUUAACCCUGAUCACACCAAAUUGUAAUAGUGGGGAUUUAAACCCCAUUUAAAUGCUUGUUUGCAGCGCUCACUUUGAGCUCUGCAAACAAAGCAUUGGUCAGUCUGGGGCCACUAAUUCUGAAUCAAAUUAUACCUGGGGCUUAUAGUUACCAGCAAGGUAAAAGACCCUGCUGGAAAAAUACUGCACGAUGGAAAUUUUCCGUCAUGCGUCCUUAAGGGGUUAAGCGGUGCUCUUUUUGCUUCCUGUCAUACAUUUUGAGAUCCAAGUAUGAUUCAGAUAAGCGAAGGUAAAAUACAAACUAGAAACCAUGUUACUUAAAUUGAAAUGAGGUUAGCAAAAAUCUGACCUAAGAAUUGUUUUGUUUUUUUUCCCUGCAGAAUUAUAUCCAUGGAAGCAGCCAAGCCCAGUUUGUGGCUGAAACACACAUCGUCCUCUUGUUCAGUAUCCUUUUUUAAAAAACAAAAAAUAUAUAUAUCACAUCUGAUUUUCAGAUCAGCAGAACAUGCAUUUUCAUUUAUUAAAGGAAACCUUUACGUUCAAUAGGAAAACAUUAAAUAUUUGCUAACUUAGUUAGCUCAUGGUUUUGUUUUUUUUGUUAGUUCCUUACAUCCUUCUUUAGAUGGUGGAGUGACACUGGGAAUGGUCCUGUUACACGAAGCUGCUACUUCUGACAUGGAUUUGGGGAAGAGAAAAAGUGAGUACUAAUAAAAGUUAUAAAAGACAAAUCCAUGUUGUGAAAGUAAUACAGAGAUCCAAAUAGGUUUAGCAAAAAAAAAAAAAUCUUGCAUGUGUGAGAAAAUAUGCAAAUAUACACAGCUUCCUGAAGUGCUUUAUUAGUUUGGAAAUGAUAAUCAUAAUUGGGAGCAGAAACACUACCUUGUCUGUCAACCUGAAAUCCAGGUACUCUAUGCUCGGAUUAUGAGAUGGGCACAAGCAUGUGGCUUGAACAUAUUGGGAGUCCAGAUGACCUAACCUCAACAAGAAUCCCUUGAUGAUGUGAUCCUUCACUAACCACCAUUGUGAUGCUGAUUUCACCUUUCACUGUUUGUAGUGAUCCAGGAAAAAUCUAUGAGGUAUCCUCACAUUCUAUUGAGCCCACCUAGUAAGGCUUCUUGUGAAUUAAAGCGAACACAGGAGACUCCUGAACUCCCUUGCUGUGAUGCCAGAGAGAGAGAUAUACUCCCUAACUUUCUCUUGGAUGCGAAGACCCCUCUUUUGGCAUGCUGGAGUUAUAUUGAAAUCAUUCAGUCUUAAAGUGACAGCACUUUUAUGAUUGAGUCUAUAGAUUCCCUGUUUAACAUCCUGAUGUUUAAAUAUUCAUUGAGCAUGUGCAGAUCCUUCCUCCUGAAGCUUUUGGAGAUUCCAGAGUAGCAGCCUUGCUAUUGAUGGAAAACUAGACUUCUCAUGAUGAGUUCUUGCUUGAGAAGAGAGGAGGUGAAAGAUUUCAGUGCUGCCACCAUUCUCUGGAUCUGUCUGUAGACAAAUUUGUUGUAAUCUUCCUAGAAGUGGAACAUGAAGAAAUUCUAGAAAAUAGCAGUCUGUCAAGAUGCACAAACCAAAUGUUCUUCCAGACAGUGACAAACCGAUGAAUUCUUGCAUUUACUGGGCUGAGGCAUAGAAUACAGUCAGGAUUGUCUUCAAGUGCAAAAGGAAGAAGAACCCGGAGACUGCCCAGCUAAAACAAAUUAAUACUUUUUCUUAGAAACUUAAGCUCAGCCAAAAGCAUCACUUUUUCAUCUAAACGUCUUCAAAUGAAUCGACUUGAAUUAGAAGAAAGAGGCACAAUAGACUAACUUAGUGAUAUACUUGCUGUUUCACUGACUGCAGCUGGUUGUGAAAUAAAGAAGCUUCCUUGUUUAUUACAAGUAAACUGAUUAAUGUAGCAACUUUAUAUCCUUAAUUAGGCUUAUCAGAAUGUAACACAAAGUAGGAUAAAAUCUUGGGUCAACUCUGUUUUCCUGCUCACUGUGGGAGUGUUCUGAGCAUAGUUAAAGGGACACUGUAGCUUCUUUAUCUCAUUGAAGUGACUUUAUUGUCUGGAGAACCCCGGUGCUGUCCCUUACUUCAGCAUUCAACCGGUUUAAUGUUUUACUGCGAAAAAGGGUCCACAGCAACCAAUUCCCUCUGUUUUGCUUGGGCUUAUGAGGCAGCAUUAGCCUGAGCAGCAAAUGGUCUGCUGUGAUUGGCUGAGCAUGUCAGGUGCCUGAGCUUGUCUCCAACCACGAACAUCCCUUUCUGAGCAGUAGUGGAGGCAACAAGCCACACCAAGUGGACAACAAGUUAUAUCAUCCAACAUCAAACUUUCUAAAACAUUUUGGCUCCUUACAACAGCACCAGGGUACUUAUGGCAUCGUAGCCCCUACAUCGUACAAUAGUGGUUAUGGUGCUUGGCGUGUUCCUUUGAAUAUUAUCAUUAUAUAAUUGCAAAGUGCUGUGAAAAACUAACCCUAUAUAAAUGCUGAUAAUUAUAAUUUUGUUUAUUUCUAAUAGUUAUGUGUAUAGCUGGUUUAGGCCUGGUGGUCAUAUUCUUCAGCUGGCUGCUGUCUGUCUUCAGAUCCAAAUAUCACGGUUACCCAUACAGGUAAGAGUCCAUUACUGCUAGAGUUUAGUAUGAAUACUACUUUUCAAAUGUAUGAAAUCUAAUAUGUUUAAUAAACAAAUACAUAUAUAAUUACUAAAACUAUAUAAUAGUGUUUUUCCGAAGAUGGUGUGGUUUUUAUUUGCUUUGUUUUUUCUCGCUUCAAUUAAUUAUCCUUAUGCUUGUUCUUGAGCAGGUGCUGGAGGUCUUGCUCCAUAUUAUGCUCUUUCAAUGUCUGCUUGUGAUUCUGAAGCUUUCUUGUGAGCUUCACAUCUGUAGUAUGGGCUAAUUUUGCAGAUUUUAUUUUUUUGUAAAGGAUCCGAUCAUGUGUAAACUGUGUUGGAGUACAGAGGCAUACUGUGGGAAUAUUUAUGGGAUAAUAAUAGUAACAGUGAGAAUUGCCCACUAAUUCAAUUCUCAGAUCCCAAAGAACGUUUAUCGUGUUAAGUGGAAUGUAUUUCAUAUAAUUGAUAUCACAAUGUAUAAAAAUAGAUUUUUAUUUAUAAUGACAAUAAUUAACAAAUAAUAUUAUGUAACAUGCAUGACAAUAAUCAAUGAAUAUUCAGUAUAAAAUGGUAUGCAAUACAAAGGAAUGGGUAUUACGUUUCAAUGGCUAACUAGCAUUAUCUGUCAAGACUUCUACGAUUUAUGACUAGCUUCCACAGACUGAAAGUGAAACUUUUCACACAGAGAACAGAAUUCCUCAGAGUGCAGCGUAAGGUCGUAAAGUUUAGCCGACAGUUAGAAUAACCCUUUCAAUGCUGGCUAGAUCUCCUAGGUAGUUAAGAUCUACUCUUAUGUAUUUUUAAAUAAAAUAACAUUUAAACCAGUUUAAAUUCAUUUUCUUAAACCAUCCAAUAAGAGAGUCUAAUAUGUUAUAUAAGCAGAUUUUUAAUUUGUCUAAAAGAGAUCUAUCUUAAUUUAGAGCAAAUCAAUACACCUGGAUAAAAACAGCGGUAUGCUAACACGUGAUAAUAUCACAUCCAUAUACAAUUAUUCUUAAUUCCACCUGCAGAAUGGAAUGUUUAUAACUAUAUAUUCUUUAGUUAACUAAGAUUUCUUAAUAUGGAAAUCUGACCGUGCUUUAUCCAGUCAUAUAUAAUGCUAUUAAUACAUUUUAAUUAAUUUAAUUUAAUUAAAUGAAACCAGUAUAAUUACCAGUUGAGUAGAUAUUUCAUCCGAUUGGUAGUCUCUCUGCAUGGAGGUGUUGGUUAGAAAGUCAGUAAAUUCUAAGUGUUAGAGUUUUAGGAGUAGAGUGUUAGUCUCAGAUGUUGUCCGAGUUGGAGUCCCCAAACUUCCAAUUCCUCUCUCCUCUCCUUUGCAUAUCUUGCAUCUGCCUCCUCUCCUGAAUAUCUCUAUCUUCCCUUUGUCUUAACUUUUAAAGGGCCAGACUCUCUGUACGUCAUCAGUUGAUAACCCAAUAGAAGCACUAGAGGUGUGGUUAUCUUCUAGAUCGCAAAUUAGGUAUUUGGUCUAUAGAGGGCAGUCUUGUCCCACUAAACAUACCUAUCCAGGAAAGAGUUAACUUUUCCUGGUGGCUAUUUUGACGUCAUUUUGGCCUAUCUAGAUAGUGGCUAUAACUUACGUAUCCUUCAAAGAUCAAAGGGGUUCUUACAUUUUGUCCAGACUAUGUGUCUGCAAAUCUGCUAUAAUUUCUGAUAUGACAGAUCAUGAACUAAGUUUACCCUUUUCCAUACAAUGGUACCUUAUAUAUAUAGACAGUUAAAUAUUAAAUUAUUUAAUCUUCUCUGUCACAAUUGUCUGGGUUUAGAUUUGAUUAUAUUCUUUUAGCAUUAGACAGUCUGUCCACCCCCUUCCUUAUCACUUGUUUAUACUAUGCAUUCCUUAGCUCUGGCAAAGAGGCCAGUCUUACAGAAAGAAAUCUAGUGUCUUCUUUGUUAAUUUGAAAUAACAAAAUGGAGUCUGGUCUGUUCAGAGUGACUCAGAAUAUACACUUUUAGUUUCUAUCAUAGCACAAAAUGUCUGCCGAUAUAAAUACUCUGACAAUACCUUGAAUAUUUAUGUUCGUUGUAGUGAGGGGGGUUAAACGAUGGUCUGUAAGGAAAACUAAAAUACAGCCUCUAACCCAAAUUUUCUUUUUCUUUCAGUUUUCUUAUGACUUAAACAGGAAAAAAGGUACCAGAAGGGCAGCAUGAAACUUGACUGCAAUGCAAUAUCAUAAAAGACUAAAGCUAAUCUAUUAUACCCUCUGCUGUCAGACAUCAUUGACCACUGUUGCUGCAGGGUGUUUCCUCACACCACAGCAUCUGGAUUUGUUGUGAUUGAGAUUAAAUUUAUUUUUGUGGGUGAACCAAAGAAGUCAUGCAGUGCCUUAACAUGCAGUAAUUUUUUAUUUUGUUUAUUUCUUCGUGAGUAUCCUAAUUACACUUUUAUUUUUUAUUUUAUUUUAACCGGCAACAUAGUGACUUUUUUUUUUUUUGCUUUUACAAUGGUUUUUAUGUUGAUAACUAAUCUAUUUGUAGACAGAAUUUACAGCAAUACCUACAACACAGGGAACAGUUAAUUGAGAGAGAGAACUUUUUGUUUGUUUUUGUUUUAUUCCCUUCUACUAUUACUACAAAUGUUCUGAUUUGUAAUUUAAAGGAAAAUUGUAUCUGGUUCAGUAAUUUGUAAUGCAUAUUUGUUUUGACUUCCCAUUUUUAACAUUUUAUCAUUUGUUGUAAAAUGUAUGCACAUGUUGUAGAGCUUUUGUCGUGAAGUACAUUCUGGGUACAUGUUUACUGGUGUGAAAUGCCUUAUUCUGAGUCAGCCCUACAGAAACUUCAUAACAUAUGUAGCUGUGACUGUCAUCUAUGGUAAAAAAAAAAAAAAUAGUAAAUUAUUUCAAUAUGGGGAAGUUUUGCAUUUAUUACGAACAUACAUGCAAAAGUACUCUACAAAAUAGGUUGGGUUUUUUUUUUUUUUUUCUUUCUUUUUUAUGACACUUUUAAAUAAUACAAGUAGCUACAACUGUGAAUCCUUGCACAUAUGUAGAAUGUGGACUUCUCUGAGCAUUGAGAAACAAUGCUGAUUAUAUUGCAUACUUAAAGCACAAACUCUGACAGCCCCGGUGCACUGUUGUUUCUGGUGUAAGUGAAAAGUUCAUCCCCAUCACCCAAACUUUUUUUACACUUCGAUUUGAAAUGCAUUUUCUGAUUACAUAUUUUGGAGGAAUUGGGUAAAAACAAUGCAGUGUUUUUUUAAAGCUUGAAUUUGUCAUGCCUGAAGCUUGUUCUGUUAAGCAAAUCAUUUUUUUUUUUUAACAUGAUGUACAGAAAAUGUUGAAAUUACAAGCUCAACUAAUGCAAUUUAUUACUGCUAGUUUUUACACCAAUCUUUUGCAGUAUAAAGAGAUCUAUUUUCUUUUUCCUUGAAAUCUAAGAGUGAAACAAAGUUUAUUGGUUUUCAAUAUAUAGGUUAUUUGCCUGAAACGUGAUUUUUCACUUGUUUGCUUAGAUGUAAUAAAUCUGAAUGUUGAUUUUUAUGCAAGUUUACUAAACAUUCAAAGUGCCUGACAUGCAUUACUGUAGUUAAGGCUUCAAAGUUUGUUCGGUUUAAACUAAGAAGUGCCAAACGUGUUAUAACUUAUGGGUGGAUUGUAACCUUUGUCAUCCUUAAAGUGGCACUGUCAUUGUCUGGGGACUUUGCAUAAUUCACAAAGACCCCUGACUGUGACAUCACUGCUGGGGGUCCAGUGGCUGGUGGGCAGGCAAAAGGGAGUUUACUGAACCUGUCCUUUGUGGGCGCUACAAUUUUCUUCUGGUUCGUCCUCUUCUUAAUGGCCAGGAGCUAACGUCACUGCUGUACUCUCUUGCAUGCGCGAGUGUACCGCACUGAGGUCAAUUGAGGGUCCUGCGGGAUCCUCAUAGACCGAGCAAAUGGUGAUGGCUGCCACUUUGGUACGUUUCGAUGGCAGUAGCUUUGUCCAGUGUCUUGAAGUGUCAGUCGUAGGAAAAUUACUAAAACAAAGUAGUCCUUACUUUGUCUCAGUAUAUCGUUUGAUUGGGUUGAAAUUUCAGAAAGAUUUGCUUCAUGAAAUACUCAUUUUGCAGGGGGUGUGACGAUGCCGCUUUAACUUGUCUUUAAACUCUUAUGAAUCGUAUGAGUAUUGAUUCAACUAUAUUGAAGAAGUAUCUGCCGUUUGGAAAACUUUGGUUUCGAAAUUGUUUUAUUGAUCUGUUUAUAAUAUUCUAAUGUUCAAUAAAACUUCUAAAUGUAAUAUCUAGUGUGUUUAAUGAAUGCUUGAUUUAAUCCAUAAAAUAUAGGAUUUUUUCCCUUCAGAUUAGAGGCAGUGCUUUACAAUUGGGAUUUCAUCACAUGGAGGGAAAAAACAGGCAGGCAAUCUCCCAAACUUUUCAAGAACCUCCCCCAAUUAACCUUUGGCCUUAUAAAUUGCUUCCUACCCAAGACAUCUCCAGUUCUUUGCCUGCUUCCGACAGAGGAGGGUGUCAGGUUCAGGUUUUCUCCCUAGAAGUAUGGUGAGAGGGCUGAGGCUCCGGAGGCUCUACUUCUUUUAAAUACAUUUUUCAGAGAUCAGCCAGGGAUAAGACACCAGACGGCUAUAUCUCCCCGGGUUGUAUUACUUCCGUCUAUACUGAGCCAGGUGCCGGGCAGACGAUGGUGUGCAUUUGGGCACUAGCUGGGAAGUCCUGGCGGUGGAACACUCGUACAGAUUAUGUUUAUUUCCACCGUGGAAUCGCGAAAUGCAGGACAUGCGUAAUGCGAUUUAAAAUUCAGGCACCAAUAUCUUUAUUUUUUCUCUCCGGGGUCAAGAUAUUGGUUUCCAGGAAUUAGAGAGGCUGUUUACCCAGCAGCAACUAACUGUUGCCAGGUGCACUCAGAAUCUG